CAUCAUGACGACGGGAAGGGUCUUAAACUGCUUGUUGUGGAGCUGUGAGCUAAACCAGGAGAAGAGGUCCUGCACUGUCAGAACACAGAAGGAGGGGAGGCAGGACUCCAAGCUAGUGCUGAGUACGAUUUGCAUGGGGGACAAAGCCAAAGAGGAACUGCACCUGGUGGAGGCACUGCCCCAAUCCGACCAGGAGGAUAGCAAGAAGGCCCGCUUUGUUCCCAUUGCCUCGCUGCAUCCCUCGGUGCUUCCCAUGGUCAUCAUGAUGGAGAUGGAGCUUGCUCCUCCCGUCACCUUUCAGCUCCGAGUUGGCUCUGGACCGGUCUUCAUCAGUGGCCAGGAAAGCUUUGACAACUCAGACCUUUCCUGGGAAGAGGAGGCAGAAGAGGAGGACCUGGAUGAAGAAGAAGAAGAAGAAGAAGAAGAAGAAGAAGAAGAAGAAGAAGAAGAAGAAGAAGAAGAAGAAGAAGAAGAAGAAGAAGAAGAAGAAGAAGAAGAGGAGGAGGAAGAUGAUGAUGCAGAUAUUUCCCUAGAGGAGACCCCCGUCAAACAAUCCAAGAGGUUGGCUCCCUCAAAGCAGAGCAGUGCUGCUAAGAAGAAGAAGAUAGAGAAAGAAGAGGAGCCUGUAAGAUCCAGAGACAAAAGCCCUUCGAGAAAGGCCAAAAUGCCACUUAAAACAAAAAAGCAGCCAUCCAAGAAGUAAGAAGCCAGGAGUAACCUGGUGGCUGUGACAGAGAGCCUGCCAGACCUUCACCUUAUAAUGUGGAUCUUCCUCAGACUGUCCCCCUGCCCCAGCCCUGCCCCCACCCAUCUGAAUCUCAAUGUGAUGGAGAUGCUGGGGACAACACACAAACCCCUCCCCCCUAACUCUCUGGUGUCAGCAGGACCUGGAGGGAAGAGCCCUGACCUACUGGUCACAAUAAAGUUUGCUUUGCCUUGAAAAAAAAAAAAAAAGAAUACAAAGAAAAGUAACAUAAACAAACAAACAAAAAAACCCAAUAACCAGGAAAAGAAUAUUCUUUUAAUGAGGAUUAUCUUAAUUUUUUAAAAUACAGAGGUUCCUGGAUUAUGAAUUUAAUAUAAAGCUGCUAAAGCAACAGUUACUCAAAAUAUUUCACAUUAUGCUUAU